AGUCGGACGUUUUUCGAGGUGACACAAAACAAACUAUAGUUCGAGAAGCUGCAGGAACUUGCCAACGGGGUGUGAAAUAGGUAAAAUAGUGACACUCUAGAAAUAUUUAUAGGAAAAACAUGAAAAGAUAGCCUUUGUAUGUGUCAACAUUUGGCAACAGUUGUUUCCGGUGUCACUCAUUUAGCUAGCAUGCUCAACGCAUCUGGCGGUUCCGCUGAUGACCCCAAAUCGGCGGUUGUCCAGCGAAGAAUUGCCGUGUACAAAGGCCCCAGGAGCGGACACAAAACCAACCCAAUCAGUGUCAUACUGGUUAGCUCUGGAAGCCGAGGGAACAAGCUGCUAUUUCGGUAUCCCUUCCAGAAGGUCGCCGACUGCGGGGAAUCGCAUACAGGAAAAGAGCGGAACCGAUAUGCAGUUAAUACAACAGGGGAAGUUGAAGACCAAGAUGGCGAUUCAAGAGAACCAUCUUCACUAACUGAUGAACAGUUGGUAGCAGGGUUCUCCGACAGCAUCCUGGCCACCAUCCUGGCCACCAAAUCGGACAUGUGCGGCAAGAAAUUUGAGCUGAAGAUUGACAAUGUUCGAUUUGUGGGUCACCCGACUUUGCUACAGCAUCCUCACGUCAUUCAGGUGUCCAAAACAGAUCCUUCGCCCAAGCGUGAGAUGCCCACCAUGAUCCUGUUUAAUGUUGUUUUUGCAUUGAGGGCCAACGCCGACCCCUCGGUCAUCAACUGCAUGCACAACUUGUCACGCCGCAUCGCCAUCGCGCUGCAACACGAGGAGCGUCGCUGCCAGUACCUGACCAGAGAAGCCAAACUCAUGCUGGCCGUGCAGGACGAGAUCACCACCGUCACCGAAACUGAUGCAAGUCCACAGUCGCCGUUUAGGCAAAUUCUACCCAAAUGCAAGCUGGCCAAAGACCUGAAGGAGGCGUACGACAGCCUGUGCACCACCGGCAUGGUGAGACUACACAUCAACAACUGGCUGGAGGUGAGCUUCUGCUUACCACACAAGAUCCACCGCAUCGGAGGCAACUACAUCCCCCCUGAGGCGUUAGAACGCAGCCUGAAGGCCAUCAGGCCCUAUCACGCGCUGCUGCUGCUGGAAAGCGAGAAGGCGCUCCUGAGCCAACUUCCCGUCGACUGCUCUCCCGCCAUGAUGCGCCUCAUCAAGACGUGCUCGGCGGUGAAGAACCUUCAGCAGCUGGCCCAGGACACUGAUCUGGCCUUGCUUCAGAUCUUUCAGAUUGCUGCCCACCUGGUUUACUGGGGCAAGGCCAUCAUCAUCUACCCUCUGUGUGAGAACAACGUCUACAUGCUGUCUCCGCACGCCAACAUCUACCUAUACUCCGCUCAGGCUGAACAGUUUGCACAGAAGUUCCCCGGUCAUGAUCUUCCUUCUAUGUUGGCCAAGUUCUCGCUGCCUGUCUCGCUGGCUGAGUUCCGGAACCCGCUGGAAGCUCCUGCACAGGAGGCCCAGCUGAUCCAGAUGGUGGUGUGGAUGCUCCAGCGCCGCCUUCUCAUCCAGCUGCACACCUACGUCUGCCUGAUGGUGCCGCCCGUCGAGGACGAGCCGGCGUUCAGGGAUGACGACCUCCUGUUGGCGUCCAGAGUCGGGAGUCGCAGUCUGAGCACCCCGACCGCCCUCAGUUUCGGCUCACCGACCAGCAGUGACGAUAUGACCCUGACCAGCCCCAGCAUGGACAACUCCAGCGCUGAGUUGGCGCCCGGCGGAGACUCUCCUCUCAACAAGAGGAUCCUGUUAACCGAGACCCUUUUAGCCAGCCUGUCAGACUACGAGAGGCAGUUCAUUCUUAACAUCCCCGCCGCUCAGAAUCAAGAAGAUCUCAGGAUGUUUACCAGGCUGCUGCACUAUUUCCGGGGCCACCACCACCUGGAAGAGAUCAUGUACAACGAGAACAUGCGGCGCUCGCAGCUCAAGACGCUCUUGGACAAAUUUCGCAGCGUCCUAGUGGUGACCAAUCACGAAGAUCCUAUUAUUUCCAUUUUUCAGUCGCCGACGGAGUAGCGUCAGCCAGAGGGACGGCGCCGUCAAACCAUCUGGCCUUGCUGGGAAGUAGCCAGGAUAUACAUGACGUGUUUUUUUGGGGGGGUUUUUACCCUCCAUGUGGCAAUUGUUAGCAUAGUAAAUUAUUUUGUACAUAAUAGUUAAGAUAAGAGAAAUGACAUGUGUUUGAUCAUGUGUUUUGGACUGCGGAGGUGCACACGCCGUUGACUUAAUGCUCAUUCCAGACCUCCACCUCCUGACUCCCGGAGGUGGGAGAGGACUUGGACAUCAGACAGGCUGUUUUUGCUUUGAAGGGAGGAGAGAGAGGUUCAAACAUCUGUGGAAUCAAUGAGGCCCGAAGCCUCUCGAGUGUUUAUUAAAAAAAAAAAAAGAAGGUCUGAGCUUAACAGUCAUGAGUGCGUAAUUGUUUUGUUUUUUUCCACUGUCCAGUUUAUCUUGUUAUGACAUUAAUUGUAGGAGUUAGAGUAUAAUAUUGUGUGUUUGUAGUGUUGUCAUAUGUACGGUCAUCACUCAGUGAUUUACUGCAUUGUCUCCUUCAGGUCUCCAAGUCUUUCCGCCUCUUUAUUCACAACGCUAACACAAGCGUUUCCACGGAGAUAAAACCUCAGCGGCUUCUUGGCCCACUCCCCGUGUGACUCGAUGCCAACGCGCGGGGCCGACACGAUAUUGUGAUCUUCUGUAGCGGUGGAAUGUGUGUCUUCCAGCCAUACUUCCGAGUCGGAUGCCAGAUCCUGACGGUCAAAGCGGCGUUGGACAUCGAGAGCCUGGCAUAGUUUCGAGGGACCGUUGCACAGCUCUUUGUCCUUGAGCGGCCGGGCCUCGUUUUUCCGUUUGGAUGCCCGAAGUUGCCUCAUGACGGCGUGGCCAUGCAGGGGCUCCAGGGAGCGAAGAAGCACUGCAGCACCAUCACCUGCGGAACGCAACAAUAUCUUUUAGGGUUACUUUUUACUACCUGACUAUUACUACCAAAAAUACUGGCUUUUUAAAGCUGUUGUGUUGUUAUUCUGUGUAAAAUAGCUUCAUACGUCAAUAUCUGCAGGAC